UUUUGAAUUAUUAAUGAAGUCGUUGAAUGGCUUCAGCCUCUGGCGUGGACUUGGGCUUAAGUUGAAGCUGUGUUUACGUGGCCAGCAUCUGAACUGAACUCAACUGUACUGACCUGAUUUGCAGUUGAAGUCUGUUGAUGACCUGGCUCUUAAUCAACCGAGUCGUUGCCUCGUGCAUCCUUGCGGCAUUCGCAUUCAUCGCAGAUAAGUUUAAUUAAAUCCCAGGCACAUUCCUCGAAUGCUGCUCUCGUGGCUGCCACGCCCAUAGCUGCGCAUUGCAAUUCUUUAAGCACUUCUCCACAGCUCCGGGAAAUAUGGGCAUGAUAUACCAAAGGGAUAAGCGGAACAGGAACAGAAUGAAAUAGAGGAGGAAGCAGCAAAGUUUUCUGAUUUCGAUUUUUAUUGUGGCCAAAAACUCUGAAACAAUUUCCAAUCUGCUGCCAUGGAGAUUAGAGAACGCGAAGAGGGAAAGAAGAAUCAGGUGGAAUUUGAGGUCGGUUUCUUGGCAACAAUUUCAUUUCGGAGGCAUUUCCUCUUCUAUUUCCAACUCUGCCAACUCUUGACUUUCCACCUGGCCAACUGUUUUGGUUCUGGUUCUGGCUCUAACUGCACAUGGAAAUCCAUUCGUGUAGCUGCACGCAUCCAGCAGAAAAAGGGGAAAGCAAAGGGAAAAUACCACUUGAACCACAAAAUCCUAAAGCUAAAAGUUUUUCCUCGUUUGCUCUUCAAAUGUUUCUUGAAUAAUUUAAUGCACAGAAGCAAAAAUUAACACGUAUUUAUUAACGCGUCAGUCGAAGUAAGUCGUGACUCUCUACAGAACAAACCAACCAACCAGGCAACCCACGACUAGACGAGCAGACGACACAAAAAGGCCACCAGAACAACGAGGACAACCAGGACACGUGCUCGACACCAAUAACGGGCUACUGGUCACUGUUGUCCACUCUCUGCUGACCAGCUGGGAAUACGUCACCAACGAGAAGAACCAAGCCACCAGCAGCAGCAGCAGUUGGUCAAAGGAGCAACAGUGGGAGGAGUAGGUAGCCAACGGAGAGGGAGGAGUGGCUAAUAAAAAAGCUAACGAAAGUCUAGCAGAGUCAGAUGCGAAAAUGCUGAUGCCGCUUGCAGUCGACAGGCGAAUCCAGCAGCAACAACAACAACAAGAGAAACAACCGCAACAAAAACAAAACUGGAAAAGUUGAACCCUGUGUGCAAAAGGGGAGAGUCGACAGCUGAGGAGAAGGGGGAGUCAGAGGCAGCUGCAGCGGCUGAAAAGUUCCAAAUUUUGGCAGACUGAAUCCUCAUCGCUUUGUGGCCGCAUCCGGAACUACAAAAUUGUGCCCCCAGCGGAAGAGUCUCCUUCCCAUUGCUCAGUCCUUAUUUCCUGCGCCUGUGCAUCCUGAACGCUUCAAUUGCCACACACUGAAAUUGGCUGUCAUACAGCCAAAGGGGAAGACAGUUCCACCAGAAGAAAGGGGGGUCCAUUGAAAUGAGCCCCAAUUGUGGCGACACAUGCUCUGACAAGUUAUUAAUUCAACGUCUGGCGCGCAGAUAAGCAUACCCAGACACCAUAUCAGGAGGAGAAGUUGCAGAUCCUCACUUGUCACUGCUCACUGGAUAUCUCAACAUUUUCAUCAGCCACCAUGAAGUGAUAAAACUGAUGGGGCUGAAGGCGGAUUUGCUCUAAGUCCACGAGGGAGCCAUUAACACAUACGCGAUGUACUUCACCGUCCCCGUCCCGGCAGAUGUGCACGAGCUGGGGUUCUCCUGCCGUCACUUAUCCUUUGCGCUACACAAUCAGCAUCGAGUACGCCAACGACCAGGACGCACUGGGCACACCCACGCUGAGCAUUCCGCACAAGGGCCUGGUGCCGUAGAAGAUCGAGUCCUUCCUGGUUUACCUGCCCUACACGGGCAAUGCCAGCCUCCAAUUGCCUGUGAAUGUCAACAUGGUAGUGCAAAGGAACUCCCCGCUUCAACGAUACCCGGCGCCACUUCAAGCGCAACAAGAUCUGUGCCAAAGGCACCAGACCCAAACCAAACUCUGAUGAGCGCCGCUACUUGUGCUUUGGGUCUGGUCUUCGCCGUAGGCCUCUUGGCUAGCAUGAUGUAUGUGCGAGCUCGCAAACAGCUGCGCCAGGACUUGCUGCAUACCAGCUUCACUACAGCAGGCUAUGGCCGUCAUCAGAACGUAUUUAUUCGCUUUGAUCCGCUCGGACGACCGCCGAGUGCCACCGGCUCCUACGCGACCAUCGCCAGCCUCAACAAAUAUCCGGUGGAAACCAAAAAGUCGUGCAGCAUAUUUGACCGUUUCCGCAGCUCGCCCACGCCCACACCCUAUGCCACCGCCCUGCUACCAAUGGGCGACCAGACCGGCGAGACCAUUUACUCGAAGCCAGAAUCGGUCUGUCCCUCGAGGAUAUCCUACUACACCUCCUCGCAAGAAACCCAGAUUUCAAUUUCAUACUCAUUAUGGCAACCGUUUCGAGCCAUUUGACUGAGGAGCAGAAAGACGAGGAAGAGCAGCAAUGGAGCACAUGAACAACCACAAAUAUGCCCAGUGAAAGGCACUUCCAAACAUAGAUAUGUGUGAUAUCGGGAUGUCUGGGAUAAUACUCAUCGCCAAGAGUCAUCCUCGUAUCGCACUGAAGUAUGCGACGGGGAAUUAAAUGAAUUUCAACAAAAGCAGAGCCCCAAAAUUGCAUAUGGCUCCGUCUGAUGAGCUCGAGGAGUUUGGGUUGUUUGCCAUAAUUAUUGCUGUUCUCUUGUUAUAACCCCCAUUAUCCAACCCCUGUUACAAACUCAUGUGACUGUUUGUGAGAACGGUAAGCGAAGUGAAGAGGCAGAGGGGAGAUUCACUCAUUUAGUCAAACAAUUAUAUCCAAGUGCAUACACUGAAA